CGAUUUUCCUCUUCAUGCAUCAUGAAAUACAAUAGGGGCAUACUACUGCCCGCCCUGCUGGGCCUCGCGUCGCUUGCGACGGCGAAGAAGGGCGAGCCGCUCGUCUCAGAGCAGGCCUUCGACAGCCAACUGGUCGAGGUCAUGUAUUUCGACGAUUCUGAUGUCGCGUUGGCUGCCGAGCUGGACACGCUUCAGGUUUGGAAGUCUACGGACGCUGGCAAGAAGUGGAAGAAGCAGGACGACAUGAAAACGUUGGGAAUCAGGAUGAAUCCCUUCGAUAGCAACGUGGCCGUAGUGCUGGGCGAGACAAAACACUACAUCACGUACGAUCGGGGAGAGAAGUGGAGAUCGUUUGAGACAGAAUAUCCGCCGUCUAUUGGGCAACAACAAAUUAGUUUCCAUGCGAAAGACAACAAGAAGAUAUUGUAUCAUACCAUCGAGGACUGUUUCCUCGCCCCAUGCCUUGGACAGACGCUCUAUACCACGGAUGGUUUCAAGACCGAUCCCAAAGCCUUCAUCAACGACCGCAAAAUGUGCGCAUGGGCCAAGAGUUCCGAACUUCUCUUGCCAGACGACGAUAAGCUCGACGACCGUGUCAUUUGCAUAGCCAAGGGAAAAUACUCAUACAAGGAAAAGGACUUCAGACUGCUGAUCACGGACGAUUUUUUUCAGAGUGAGGACGAGCCUGUCAUGUCCUCCGGGCGCACCGUUCAAGGCAUGACGAACAUGGCGCCAGUCAAGGGUCAUUUCGUUGUCGCCGCCAAAUCUGAUCACUCCAACGAGCUCGCGCUUUAUGUUACAGACGAUACGAAGACGUGGCACCACGCCGAGUUCGAUGGGGGCAAGCUUGAAGAAGAUGCCUAUACGAUUCUAGAAUCCACGAACUACAGCAUUCAGGUUGACGUUGUAACUUCCAAAUUCGCUUUGACCGGGUCCUUGUACACGAGUAAUUCCAACGGCACGUACUAUACCAAAAACAUCGACAAUACGAAUCGCAAUGAGCAUGGGCUUGUUGACUUUGAGAAGAUUGCCGGCAUACAAGGCAUCGUCAUGGUCAACACAGUCCAGAACCCCGAAGAGGCCAUACGCCCUACCGUGGACAAGAAACUAAAGAGCAAGGUCAGUUUUGACGACGGACGGACUUUCGAGCCGUUGAAAGUCAAGGGCAAAGACGAAGAGCUUCAUCUACACUCCGUCACGAACAUGCACAACAGCGGCCGGGUGUUCUCGAGUCCCGCACCCGGUAUUGUUAUGGGUGUGGGAAAUACCGGAGAAUUCCUCAACAAAUACACUGACGGCGAUCUCUGGGUUUCGGAUGAUGCCGGGCUGACGUGGGAGCGUGCUCUUGAGGAAGCUCAAAAGUACGAAUUUGGUGACCAAGGAGGAGUUCUCGUGGCUGUCUAUGAUGAAGGUGAGACUGAUACAAUCAUGUACUCACUCAAACAUGGGCGCAAGGGUACUUGGAAAGAGAUCAAGCUGGACUACAAAUUCCGUGCCCGCGAGUUGACGACCGUUCCGGAUUCGACCAGUCUCAAGUUCAUGCUUUAUGCAGUCAAGGCCGAGAGGGUUGAGAAGAAGGAUUUGAUGAUACAUCUCGACUUCUCGGAGAUGCAUGAGCGUACAUGUGAAGACAAGGAUUUCGAGGACUGGGCAGCACGAAAAGAUGAGAAUGGCGACGCCAUGUGCAUCAUGGGUCACAAGCAGAUCUUUCGUCGACGCAAAUGGGAUGCCGAGUGUUUUGUCUCGCAAGAGUUCAAGGAUCCCGUUCCCAAAUUCGAGCCGUGCGACUGUGACAAAUUCCGCGACUACGAAUGCGAAUACAACUUCGUCCCCAACGGUAAAUUGGGUGAGGAGAAGGAGUGCGAAGCGUCUUCUGCCCUGAAGCUUCCGGACGGUGCUUGUCAAGGAGACGCCAAAACGUACAAGGGUAAAUCUGGGUGGAGAAAGAUCCCAGGCAACCAGUGCAAAGGCUCCACAGAGAGGGAUGAGGAGGUCGAGCGCAGUUGCGACGAGAAGCCCACGAAACCACCCAACAACAAUGAGAUCACCAAAGAAAUCACCAAAUUCAAGGGCUCUAAUUUCUUGGAGCAUUAUUAUCUUGAGCGACCUAAUCAAGGCGAGGACAAUGAGGAGAAAGGCAAAAGACCCGCCGAUGAGACGAUCGUCAUGCUCACCAGUGAAGGCGAGGCGUACCAUACCCAUGACCACGGCAAGAAAUGGCAAAAGUCUUUAGACGAUCGAAUUGUUGCAAUCUACCCCCAUCAGUACAACAACGAUCAAGUGUACUGGCUUACAGCAACGAAGAAGGUGUAUUACUCUUUGGAUCGAGCUCUACCUCGGACCAUCCACAGUUUUGAAGCCCUUCAGAUGCCCAACGAGCAGGGCGCUCAGAUCUUGCAAUUUCAUCCUAAAGAGCACAAUUGGCUCAUCUGGAUUGGGGGUGAGCACUGCGAGAAAUCAAAAGAGGGCGAUUGCCAUACCGUCGCAUCUGUCUCCCAAAAAGGUGGUGUUGAGGGAAGUUGGGAACCACUACUUCCAUACGUCAGCAAGUGCGCAUUUGUCUGGCGCGUGGCUGGUCGGCACGUCGACGAUAAGGAAGUCUUCUGUGAACAGCACACAAAUGAAGACAUGAAGGCUCCCCUCGAGUUGGCCUCCAGCAAAGACUUCUUCAAAACCAAGGAUGUCAAGUUCAAGUCUGUCAUUGCCUUUGCGACCAUGGCCGAGUUCAUUGUUGCUGCUACCAAGGGUGACGAGGGUAACGAGCUGAAACUGCACGCCAGCCUUGAUGCCGAGACAUUUGCUGAUGCCAGAUUCCCGCGCAACUUCGACGUAGAUCAUACGACAGCCUAUACUGUCCUGGACAGCUCAACUCAUUCCGUUUUCCUACAUGUCACUGUUAAUGGAGUGAGGGACCGUGAAUAUGGUUCGAUCUUGAAGAGCAACAGCAAUGGCACCUCAUACGUUGUAAGCUUGAAUCACGUCAACCGGAACUUUGAUGGCUACGUGGAUUUUGAGAAGAUGCAAGGCAUUGAGGGUGUUGCCAUGGCCACUGUGGUGACUAAUAUCGAGGAUGUCGAAAAAGGUCGCGCAGGGAAGAAUAAACAAACUCGCAUCACGCAUAACGACGGCGCAGACUGGGAACCGCUCCAGGCACCCCAGGCAGAUUCUGAAGGCAAGGCUUACAGUUGCGAUGUGUCAAACAAGGAAAAGUGCGCACUGCACCUUCAUGGCUACACAGAGCGGCCAGAUCCACGCGAAAGCUUCUCUUCUCCAACUGCUGUGGGCAUUUUCAUGGGCGUCGGCAACGUCGGCGACAAGCUCACUACCAUCGGCGAAGCCAGCACAUUCAUCACCACUGACGGAGGUCUUAACUGGAAAGAGGCCAAGAAGGGUACCUAUGCCUGGGAAUUCGGCGACCAAGGAUCCGUACUCGUGCUGGUGCGACGAGGCAAGGAUACUAAUCACCUCUUUUAUACGCUUGAUCUUGGGGAGACGUGGGAUGAAUACCAGUUUGUCGAUCAUGCCAUCCGCGUUAGCUCCAUCACAACGGUCCCGAGCGACACUUCGCUCAAUUUCCUGAUUUGGGGCAAAGACGGCUCGGAGCUCGUGGCUGUCAAUGUCGACUUUUCCGGUCUCAAUCAAUUCCAGAGGAAGUGCGAUUUGGAUGAGAACAACCCUACUGCAGGCGACUUUGACCUGUGGACUCCACAGCAUCCCAUGAAGAAAGAAGAGCCCGAGUGCCUCUUCGGACACGUCGCACAGUACCACCGCAAGCGUUCCAAUGCCGAAUGCCACAGCGGCCAACGCAUCGAUCAUCUUCACUCGAUUGCACGCAACUGCAGCUGCACCAGGCUGGACUUUGAAUGUGACUUCAACUACGAACGCAUGCCCAGCGGCGAAUGCCGCAAGAUCGAAGGCCUCGAAGAUCCCCCGGACGAUGCCGUCUGCGCAGAUGGUGCAGAGGAGUACUGGGAGAUUACAGGGUACCGCAAGAUCCCCAUCUCAACGUGCGAAGGCGGACAAGAAUUCGACCACACCAAACGUGUGCACCCGUGCCCUGGCCACGAAGAAGAAUUCGAGCGCAAACACGGCGUCUCGGGCUUCGUCAUCUUCCUCGCCGUCGUGCUGCCGUUCGCCGCCGCCGCGGGUAUUGGAUAUUACGUGUACCGCCAUUGGGACGGCAAGUUUGGUCGCAUCCGUCUCGGCGAGAGCGGAUUCGGCGGGUCUCGUGGUGCUGCAUUCGACUCUGACGCUCCUUGGAUCAAGUACCCCGUUGCUGCGAUUUCGGGCAUCGUCGCUGUUGUUGCGGCCAUCCCCUUGUUGGUCGGCAGUCUAUGGCGGAUGGUUAGUGGACGCGGCGGCGGUGGUGCUGGGUUUGGUGGAAGGAGGUACACGAGUCGUAGCUCUUUUGCGAGGGGCAGAGGAGAUUACGCGGUUGUGGAUCCGGAUGAGGGGGAGUUGUUGGGAGAGGACAGCGAUGACGAGGUGUGA